CAAACCUGGCUCGAGAGCUUUGGCCGCCGCAUCCGCCGAAAACCCCCUUUCCCGCGGCCAUGGCGGAAGAGGACACGAAGGAACCGAGAGACCCCGGCGGAGGAGAAGCCAGCCCCGCCAGAGCCGCCCGUCGAGCCCGCCCCCGAGGGUGCGGUGGAGAUGAAGGUGACCACGAAGAAGCCCCCCGGCUUCUACAUCCGCGCCGCGGCCAGCUUCCUCAAGGGCGUGGAGGAGCGGCCGGCCACGGACGACAAAGAGAAGGUGGAAGCCAAGGCGCCCGUCGACUACCUGCGCAUCUCUGGCCUCGGCGAGGCCAUCAACACGGCGUCCUCGGCGGCAUCGCAAGCAGUGGCCGAGGGCCUGUGCACGCUCCUCAAGGUGCAAACGGCGUACCCGCCGAUGGAGGGCUCGGGCCGGGGGUGCGCGCAGAUCAUCAUCGAUCUCAAGAAGAAGUGA